AGAGUUGCAUCAACUCACUUCGCCGCGAACGGCUCACGCAUUCCUCGAUGAUCUGCUUGAGAGCUCGACAAAGAUUGGCCAGUCGGUCUCAGAUAUGAAAGAAUAUGCGCAUUACAUCUUUAGAAGCUGGGGAGGCCUUGCUCGGAGUCGCGGAUGGUAAACCCUGGAUAUGUACAUCGCGCUGUACGGUCUGCCAAUAUCUCAGGUCCCCAAGGGUCGAAGUUCGGUUCGAAAAGUGGCUUUGUGCGAGAUCCUCAAAGCCGUCCUGAGCGUUCAAGGUGACAUGCGACGAGCGGGCGCUGUGCGUCAAUGGUGAUGCGCUGGUUCGGCUUUCGGGGCCGAACAUUCGUUCGGAUCGGUGCGCCAUGGCUAUGCACACCACAACUCAAACUCGACUGUACACUAAGUACUUGCCAACGCGAUGGCACGACUCGCGUUACUCCUAAUACUUUCCUUCGUUGUCUUCACAUACGCGCACUCUGACGAUGAUCGGAAAUCUUCUGGAGGCUUCAUGCCCGGGCCUGAGGUACCCAUUCUUGCAUCCGAGGUCGACGACUGCCUCCCUGUGUGGCGUCUCAGUAUGAUCAAGAAAACCCUGGAAGCCGAGGCGUCUCCAGUGAUGCGCACCGUCUUCAACUACUUGUUUCCUUUCGGGCCCGCGUGGAACUCGAUUUUAGGCACAUUUUACAUUUCAUCAGUACCCAACUUCAUCCUCGCGUUCAUUCCGGCGAAGAUCAACGCGAACACGUUGAACACUAUGACCGCAUUUGCGACGGGUGGCCUGCUGUCGGACGUUUUCCUGCACCUCGUCCCGCAUUCCUUUAUGGGCGAACGCCAGGGGGAUGGCGCACAUUUCGUUCUGGUCGAAGAGAAACGGAACAUCCUGAUUGGGCUAGGGAUAUUCGUCGGCUUUGCAUCGUUCUUUGUCAUGGAGAAGACACUCCGUGUGCUUGCCGGGGAUGAAGAUGGAAGCGGGGGGCACGGGCAUAGUCAUGGCGGAGAAUCGAGUGCAUUAAGCUCUGGGGUGGAGAAAACAUCGCCCAACGAAUCGGAAGUGCGGUCUCGCAAGUCCAGCGGCAAGCCGGAGCCGGAAGAGGCCAGUGGAUCCGCCAAGGCCGGAGGAGGGCCAUCGAAGAUGUCGGCGUACCUCAAUCUAUUUGGAGAUUUUGUCCACAACAUCACGGACGGUCUGGCCAUGGCUGCGUCGUUCUAUGCCUCUCCACUCAUAGGAGCGACGACCACUCUUGCCUGCUUUGCUCACGAGAUCCCACACGAAAUUGCGGACUAUUCUAUCCUCAUCCGCAGUGGUUUCACGAAGCGGCAAGCCAUGCAGUCGCAAUUCUUGACUGCGAUCGGAGCAUUCGUGGGUUCUCGCACUCUUUGUCAGGACAGGCUCUCAUUCGCCUUUUGUUGUUGCGCUUCCCUCUUCCUAAAUUCCCACUGCCUGUUUGAUUUUUGCACGUUCGCUCCAUGCACGAUGCUUUCGCGUGGUGGCUUCCGAUCGCGCAUUUAGGUCGGGACAUUCAUUGGCAUCGCUGUUCAUACGGCCACUGCUAGCGAUAAUGCCGCAGGCCCGGCAUCUCUCGACCUUGCUGCAGCAGUGCGGCAGAAAUCGGACGGGCUGCUGGGGACGACGGCACAAAUAUCGGAUCUGGUCAUCCCUUUUGUCGCUGGCGGAUUCAUGUACAUUGGCGCCGUCGCAGUGUUACCGACAUUGCUUGCAGAGAGUAAAAGCGCGGCUCAGGCGUUGCGGGAGUUUUUGGCCAUGGCCGUGGGUGUCCUAUGCAUGCUACUGGUGGCGUGGAACGAGUAGAACCAGAAGCCAUCGGCGAGAUAGAAUAUCAGAUUGAUUUUUUGGCAACGAGGUGAUGCACACGACUGCCACUUCCCAAAUUCAACCCGAUCCGGGACGCUGUCACUCGGUCUGAGUAGCUCCACGAGGAGAUUCGGCACAGGACUGGCUGCACGUCUUCUGGGCCCAUUACCGAUAACGAACCGGCCGUUCAUCGGGGUGGUCUCGACCUCAACGAUAUUGCACUUCAAUCACCCCAAGUUCAUGUCCUCCAAGGCUUAAAGUCUCGUACCGGUUCACGUUUGUAGCUUGACAAAACUGGCUCAAAGUAACGGAUUCCUUCCGUUCUCAUCUCAAAAUCACGUGAUCUGCAUUGAUCCGGUCCGUCCAGACCGGCAAGACUGCCGAGACACGUUCGUCGCAUGCCAAAUUGAGCCGUUGACGUCGAGGCGAACGGAUUUUUUCUCCCUACCUUUGACCUGCACAAGACCACCGCGGCCUCGCGAUCCGCAGGCCCCUGCCUCGAACUCUCUCCAAAACGUCCUCCGCCUGUUCGCCACAGACCGGGCGCCAGUUGCGCUCGUCACCAGCCCACCUAGCUGAUGCACGCUUUGUAAACGCUACCCACGCCCCCGCCCACUUCUUGUCUUUCCCAAUCAUGGGUACAAAAGGCCGUUCCAGUCCCCGCAUCGUCUGCUGCGCCAUCCCCAUUGCCCGUUCCGCCGCCCAGGUCCUCUUAAUUACCAGCCGCAAGCGUCCAGAUAACUGGGUCUUGCCCAAAGGCGGCUGGGAAGCGUCUGAUGUUCGACUAGAGAAUGCGGCGUCUCGGGAAGCAUUGGAAGAAGCGGGCGUACGCGGGACGAUCACGCGCUACGUCACCACGCAGCAUAGUCCGUCCGCCACGUACCAUUUCUACGAGCUGGACGUCACCAGUCUGGAUGCGGACUGGCUCGAGAGCGGCGAACGGCAACGAGAGUGGGUCGACUACGCCGAGGCCGUCCGGCGCCUGGAAUGGAAAGCGGAGCUUGCUAACGGCUUUCGACUGUCGUCUCUCGCUCCCCAGCGGUGACCGAGGUCGGUCUGAGGCGGCGUUGCGGAUCUAUGCGAACAGAAGACGACGGGGUGGGCACUUGCUCUUCUCACACGACCCGGUUCCUCCGUCCGCGAUAACGCACUGUCAAUGACCAUGGGCUUGCCCCGCCCAGCGCCCGGCUCGGAACUUUUGAUCCUACCUUACGAUCCGUUUAAACCAUACCCCUCGUGGCAUCGAUCGCAUUCUUUCCCCAUCUCUCGUAUACACGGAUGUGUCGUAUCUGCACUGAUACAGUUCAUCGUGCGCAUGUCCCGGUCGCUUUCUUAUCCUACAAGUUGACAUCUAGAGUAGUAGUAUAUCAUCCUAUUUAGUAGCUGUUUCGGAUGACCAUUCAAGACCCCAAGUUGUAGCAUACACAUUUAAGUAGCCGUUCCAUAAAAUAGAGCUAUUCAAGAUACCCA